GACAACCCACCCCCGUACGCCGUCGCAGCCGAUGAACCGCCCGCCUACCGCGAACAAGCCGGCGUCGACCCGGACGAGGUGCUCCCGCCGUGCGCGCUCGUGCUGCACGGCCGCUUCGUCUACCGGGCGGGGCCGACCCCCGGCACGACGGCCGGCUCCGACGCGCUGUACCAGCUCUCGCGCUUGAUCCAUGAGCAGCGCUCCGAGACCGAGCGCAUCGACUUCCAACGGCUCGACUACCGCGUGCGGCCCUCGCCCGACGGCUCGUCCGCCGUGACGCGCCGUGCCAAGGACGUCUACUCCCUGGAGUACCUCGCCCCGCGGCCGUACGCCCACAUCCCCGCCGUGCUGCGCCUGGUGCCGCAGUCCCGCAAGACCCUGGGUGAGGUGUGCAUCGUCAAGCGCCCGUUCUUCCACUGGGGCUACCGCGCGCUGCGGGUGCUGUCCGAGGCCGAGAGGCGCCGCGUGCAGGCGGAGGGCGGCAGGGCGAAGAAGGGCGAGUACCACUUCGCGAUCAAGGGGCGUGACGAGGCGUGGCAGUGGCGCGAUGCGGCCGGGCAGGUCGCGGCCCGCCAGACUUGCGAGAGGAUGCCCGGCCGGCCGGCCGACGUCGAGUUCAGGCUGGACGUCUUGGUGCCGCUGCCGCGGCGCACGCUGGACAGCCUCGUGGCCAUGUGGUGCAUGUGGAUAUGGCAUCUCUGCACCUUGGGGAUCACGUCGAGAAAGCCGUACGAAGACCGUCAG